AUGGCCGACUAUGACAGCCCGUUUCAGAUGGACGAAGAUUUCGGACUGCCGAACCGCGUAUUGGAGCCAGAUCUAUCUCACCCCAGCUUGAGCGACACAAGUCCGUCUGAGGCAUCCGGGAAAGGCAAGGGAAGCGAAGAAAUAAAGACAUUGGAAACAUUACCGCCUCAGAGCUCACAGAAAAUUGGUACGGAGGCUCUUCGAUCAAGACUUCGGAGAAUCAAACUCGAGGAUGGUGUAGGAACAACGACGGAAGAGGAGGAUCUAACUUAUGAGGAGGAUGCCGAUGAUAAGUUCGACAAGGAAGCUGCCGAAAAGGCUCGAGUAGAAUACUUGAAAGCGUCAGAAUUAGUCAGUCAGCCGUUGACCCCACCAGAGAAUUUUGCGCCCGUGAUAAAUAAUAUCUACCGGUCAUCGUUCCCGCAGCAGGCGAAUUUCUCCUUUCUCAAGACAUUGAAGUUGAAUUCCGUUCUUUGUCUAAUACCUGAAGAAUAUCCAAAGUCUCACGAGGAGUUUUUUGAGCAAGAGGGAAUCAAGCUCUUUCAUCUCGGUAUGGCAGGUAACAAAGAGCCCUUUGUCAUUAUUAGUAGCGAUUUGAUCACAGAGGCAAUAAAGAUCGUGAUCAACCCUGCCAAUCACCCAAUCCUCAUACACUGCAAUAGAGGAAAACAUAGAACAGGAUGUCUAGUUGGAGUGUUACGAAGACUACAAAAAUGGUCACUAACAAUAAUCUUCGAUGAGUACCGCAAGUUUGCAGCCCCUAAGGAGCGGCCCAUGGACCAACAGUUCAUUGAGCUAUAUGACGAGAAGCGUAUUCUACUGUACGCACAAGAGAAUGGAUUACUUCCCUUGAAGUGGAGUUGA